ACGCUAUUUACUUCAGGCUUUAGUUUGCUGCGGUUUCCAGUGCAGUAGGUGGCGAUAUGCUCAGCUUUCCCGGCACAGUUUUAAUAAUAAACGAAGAAGAAGCGACAGGAAAUAAACAAAGCCAAACAAGCUGAGAGGAGGGAAGCGCAAGGAGGAGCUCAGAUCUGCUGCACAAAGUGAUAUUAACUGCUGGUGUGAGGGGCUGAGCUCACAGGACUCAACGACAUGAUGACAACAAAGAGACUCGGGAACUUUGAGGUGGUCUGUGAGUGGGGUUCGUGCAGUUUCACGGGCCGCUCCAUGGAGGAGCUCAGCGACCACAUGUGUCUGCAUUUGAAGGACUACCUGGGGGACAACGAUGCCCUGGAGGAGCUGGAUGAAUAUGCUUGUCUCUGGAAUGGAUGUGAAUUUCUCUCCAUGGGUAGCCCUGCAGAGCUGGAGGUCCAUGCUUAUUUCCACAACUACCAUGGGAAGCUCAAGUUCAUUGGGUCACAGCUGCUCAAGUCCCGUCCAGAUCUUCCCAGCUGCAAUCAAGGCAUGCACAGCAACAAUCUGGUCCCUGAAGGAUCAGACGGAUAUGUUUGCCAGUGGGAGCAAUGUGAUUGUACAUUUAAUAAUCCUGAGUGGUUCUAUCGACAUGUGGACAACCACAUAGAAAGUGCUGAACCACAGUCUCUGCCUCAACAACAGCAGGCGCUCUUCUGCCAGUGGGCAGGCUGCGACGCCUUUUUCAAGAUCAGAUACCGUUUGAGGGAACAUAUGCGGAGCCAUACUCAGGAGCGCCUUGUCGCCUGUCCUACGUGUGGCAGCAUGUUCUCCAGCAACACAAAGCUGUUUGACCACCUGCACAGGCAAGCUGAGCCAGUAGAGACGCUGGUUUGUGAACACUGUGGGAAAGCUUUUUCCAGCGAGAGGCUUUUGCGGGAUCAUGUUCGUCAGCAUGUGAAUCAGGUGAAGUGUCCCUUUUGUGACAUGACCUGCACCACUUUGGCUGCUCUGAAGAUCCACAUCAGGUUCCGCCAUUGUGAUGAGCGUCCGUUCCCAUGCGACUUCUGUGACAAAAGAUUUAAGAACCAGCGCGAUCUGCAGAAGCACACAGAGGUUCACAAUGAGGGCACCAUGUACAGCUGUACAGUGGAGGGCUGUGAUUAUACUUGUCAUACGUUCCAAACAAUGAGCCAGCACUUCAAGAGAGUCCAUGAGGUUGGGGGAAUGGCUAAAUAUAAAUGCCAUAUCUGUGAUAAGGUGUUCUCUUGGUGUUACACUCUUACACUUCACCUUCGUAAGAAGCAUGAGCUGAAGUGGCCCUCUGGACAUUCCCGCUUUAGGUACAGGAAGGAUGUCGAUGGUUUCCUGAAGUUAAAUAUGGUGCGCUUUGAGACUGUUGAAGUGACAAAGGAGAUCAUGAAGAACAUGGCCAAGAAGCCUCAGAGCCUUCAGAAAAGUCUGAGUGGCAGCAGUCAGGACGAGAGCGCUGUUGUCACGCUGGAGAGCGGCCGAAGCUCUCCCACAGGAUCCUCCUCGCCCUCCUCCAGCUCCUCCUACUCCUCAGAGUUCUCAGGAGGUGAGGACAUGUCAUCUCAAGCCAGCCCCAGAGGCAGCGACUCUCCUGUCUACUGUGUGAUGAGCACCAUUCCUCACAUUGAGGACGAGUCUGCAGGACUGAUGCAGGAGGACUGUGAUGGUUUUGGGGCUUCCGGAGCAGUCCAGGCUCUGACGGAGGUUGCGAGGGGCCUCGGCAUGGAUGUGGUUUAAGUGUUCACUGUGCACUGGGUCAGAUGACCCACACCCAGU